UGUGGUAGUGAUGGCGGCGCUCACUGAGACUUCCCUGUCACUGGAUACUACUACUCCCAGCCCUCCUCAAAGCCGCCGGAGCAAACCCCUGGUCCUUAGUUUACAAGUGGCAAUUUGACUUGCUCUGCUGCAUGUCAGGAGGGACCGUGGAAAGUGUGGAGACGCCCCGGGGAUUAAGCGAUCGCAGCUUAAAAAGAAAAAAAGCCAAACAAAUAAACAAAACCCACCCACCCUAACAAACAUGAGGCUGCUGGAGAGAAUGAGGAAAGAAUGGUUCAUGGUUGGAAUAGUGCUGGCGAUCGCCGGAGCAAAGCUGGAGCCGUCCGUAGGGGUAAAUGGGGGACCACUGAAGCCAGAAAUAACUGUCUCCUACAUUGCUGUCGCAACAAUAUUCUUUAACAGUGGACUAUCGUUGAAAACAGAGGAACUCACCAGUGCUUUGGUGCAUAUAAAACUGCAUCUUUUUAUUCAGAUCUUUACACUUGCAUUCUUCCCAGCAGCAAUAUGGCUUUUUCUUCAACUUUUAUCAAUCACACCCAUCAAUGAAUGGCUCUUAAAAGGUUUGCAGACAGUAGGUUGCAUGCCUCCCCCUGUGUCUUCUGCAGUGAUUUUAACCAAGGCAGUUGGUGGGAAUGAGGUUCCUAAUUUGGCUGCUCAUUGAUUAAUGGUUCUCACCACCUUGUCAUUAUGUUCCAUCAAGUCAGCUCCGACUCCUGGAGACCCUCUGAAUGAGUGAUGUCCACUACAUCCUGUCCUCAGCAGCACUCCUCAGCUCCUGUAGACUCAUGCCUACGGCUUCCUUUAUGGAGUCAAUUCAUCUCAUACUUGGUCUUCCUCUUUUCCUGAUGCCUUCUACUUUUCCCAGCAUUAUUGUCUUUUCCAAAGAGCCUGCCUUCUCAUGAUGUGCCCAAUGUAGGACAGCCUCAGUUUUAUCAUUUUUGCCUCCAGCAAUCGUUUAGUCUUUAUUUGCCCUUGGACCCACUUGUUUGUCUUUCUGGCAGUCCAGGGUAUCUGUAGAGCUUUCUUUAUCACCAUAUUUCAAAUGAACCAAUUCUUCUCCUAUUAACGUUCUUCAUAGUCUGGCUUUGGUACCUGUACAUAGUAAUUGGGAAUACGAAGGUGUGGAUAAUCUUGGUCUUAGUCUCUAAUGACUAAUGUGAUGAUGAUAUAGUUAAUAAUAGCUAAUAUUUAUUGCUUACUAUGCUAAUGCUUUACAUGAAUUAUCUCAUUUAAUUCUCACAAAAUGCUUACAAGUAGAUACUAACAUUACACCUAUUUUUGAGAUGAGGAAACAAAGGCUUGAAAUGGUUAAAGUUGUUUGAGGUCCUUUAGCUGCACAGCUGUAUUCAGACCCAGGUAAGCUAAAUCUAGCGCCCUCUAGUGCCUGCAUAUCUUAUGGCUAUUUUAGGUGUUAAACUAUGUACUGAAAUACAGUCCUCUUGUCCAAGCUGCCUCCCUCCAGCCUUUGGAAUGUGUCCAUAUCUAUUCUUGUGCAGGAGGUUGUGUUACAUUAAGUGUAAUCAUAUCACAUAGAUCUAGGAGGAUGGAUCAUGGAUAAAUGAGAGAAAAGCUAUGCUAACGAGUCUUUUUAAACCCUGCUUUUCAGGAUUGACUGGGUUGGCAGUUUAAUAACUUGGUAUUAUCUCAAAGGAAAAAGUGAGAACUAGCCUACCUAGUCCUACUUUUACCUUGGAGCUAACAAUCUGAGAAGUACAAACAGACCCUGAGAUAAAAAAGGAAAGUUACCAAAAGGAAGCUGGGUCUAGAUUAAUAAAGCAGAUCUUUACUUCAUGCUAAAGCCCAUCCUGACUGCCAGACAUUGAUUGAGAAGAUGGUAGAGUAAGCCUGGCUCUCAGCAAGAACUUGGAUUUGCAGAAAGAGCCCUGCGAGCCCCAAGAGGGAAACUUCUUGAAGCAUUCUAUCCAAGCUUACCACCAGAGAUGAAGGUGUCUUGUGAGGCCAUCGAAAUCCCAGCAGCCUGUUUGAGAGGAUUAUAGCUAUGAUAGCAAAUUGAAAAUAGGUACGCUGUCCUAACCUUUCCUCCUAACGUCUCACAUUUAGGAUACUGUCCUUUUACAACAAGAGCUUGGGUUUAAGAGUCCCAAUUUCACCACUGAUUUAUUUCGCUUAUUUCUCUGAACUGCUUAACUUCUCUGAGGCUUAUUUUUCACAUCUACAAAAUAGAAUUAUACUUACCUCAUAGGGUUAUUUUGAGGAUUAAGUGAAAUCGCACUUGUUAUCUGGCUUGUAGAAGAUACUUAACACAUGUCAGCUUUUUUUCUUCUGCUUAUGAAAUGCUAUUUUGAAGGAAAAGUAAAGUAAAAGAAGUCAUUUUAUUAUAAAUUCCUGGGUCAGAAAAACAGGUUUUGUCUCCUGCUAUUAUAGAAUUUUAUGCAUCAUCUCUCAUUUAAGACUCUGUGAGCUACUGAUCUAGGGGAAAAAAUGAAAUUCAGUUUGGUUAAUGAAAACUCUUGGAAGGCUGUUUUGAAACUGUGCUGAAGCUCAGUUAACUGGCAGCCAAGUGGGGCCAUUUCCAGGGGUUUUGGAGGUGAAGCAAUUUGUUUUUGUAUUUGUAUCAGUGCUUUUACUCUUUUUAAUCUUAUUUCUAGUCCCUCAGGUUCCAUAAUAAAGUCUUCAGUACUCUACAUUUUUGUUAAACAUCAUUUUUGGACUGCAAUUUGCAUUUCAGAUAAUAUAACAAAAUAUGUGUUUCAAAUAUCCACUGCAUAAUUGUGAUUAGAACAUGUAAUCCCUCAAAAGAGGUUAAUUGCAAUUUAAAUUCACGCUGAAUUUAAUUAAGUGAGUUGGGGAUUAGAAAGUAGAUGUAAGGAGGAGUUAAGGGAAUACACUUUUAAAAAGCAUCCAUAUUUUUCUAAAAAAAUGUAAACCCCUUUCAACUUUAAGAUUAGAAAGAUGAAGGAAACACAGAAGAGAAAAGGAGGAAGCAGGUUAAAGGACACGUUAGAAAAAUCCUCAAACUAUGUUCACAAUUUGGAUCUUGAAUUUAAGCUAAUUGUGGUUAGAGAAGGAAGGCUGAUUUGAGUAACCUCCUCAUUUAUAUUCUUAAAGAGUCUUUCAGUACAUGUUAACUCACUUGGUAUCUGGUGAAGACUUCAGUAAAACUGAGAUCUUUAAGAAUUGCAGAGAAUGAUUGGGAAGGAAGUGGCAACAGAGGCCUUUCAAUCCAACUGUCAUCUAUCUGAUGCUUCAGUCUUCCUUACAGCAUCCUGGCCAACGGGGUGUCUUAUGAAUAAUUAGAUACAAUAGGCACUUUGUGCAUAGAUGAUUCAUAUUUAAGCAGUGCUUUUUAUAUGACAACUUCACUGUAUUAAUGAAAAUAAAGAGUAGCGAUGAAAGAAAAACAAAUGCCUUAUUUUUUCCUAAUUUCUAAAGAAUACUAAAACUUGAGAUUAAGGUUUUUAAAAAGUGUUAAGCAGUCAUCUCUCAGUGAUUGGGAUUAUUUGAUGUUGAAUCUGAAAACAGUUUUUCAAAAGGCUACUGGAAUAACACUGUGCCUGUAAGCCUUAUUUUAUUCUUAAAAUUUCCUAGGAAUAUGUUUUAAAUCAAUUUAUUUUAAGGUGAUCCAAACACAGUUUUAAAUGCCAAGGUAUUAUCCCUAUUUUUAAGACAUUUCUUUAUAUUCAACUGUGUCUAGAAGAGCAAAAUAUUUACUUCAUUAACCUGUUUUGAAUGUCAUACCAUGGAUGUGAUGCACAAACCGCUGCUAGAGUGUGUGUGUGUGUGAGAGUUACACACAAUGGCUACUUAAUAUUUUAUUGGACUCUAUAAAUAGAUAAUUUUUUAAAAAACAAAUUUCAAAGUCUUUUAAAAUGUUCUCUUAGUAGAAAUAUUUCAUGUGAAAAUUCAGAUAGGAAGCUCUGUCUUUUUUU